AAGGGAAUUAAAUCUGGCAACCCUCUUGGGAACACAAGAUCCAAUCUGGCAACCCUGUCUUUUCACAUGUACGGGAUAACAGCUUCUCCUCAGCGGUUUGUGUGCGGGUUCUACACGUUCCUCUCCAGGAGAACCCUCUUUCUGGAGGACUUUCACGCUUACGCAAUGGGACACUGUUUAUAUCCGGGACUCGGCGUGGUUUUGUUAGAGAAUAUAGGCUAAUGGAGGUGGUUUAAGAGUGAAAACAGGGUGUUGGUGUUGGUGUGAGUCGUCGUGGUGGUGGUGUUUUUUUUUGCCCCUCUCACGUCCUCUCCCCUCACCGCACAGUUUUGGAGUUGGAGUUGGAGGGCCAAGAUGGCCGCUGAUCCCAUGCAGGGUCACAUGGUGUCAGAUCGGCUGGGCCUGGGUUAUCACCUGGACCUCUCAGACACCAUGGUGCAGCAGAAGCUGGACGAGAUCCGCGAGCAGAUCAAGCGCGAGAUCCGAAAAGAGCUGAAGAUCAAGGAGGGAGCGGAGAACCUGCGGCGCGUCACCACGGACAAGAAGAGACUGGCCUAUGUGGACACCAUGCUGAAGAAGAGCAACAAGAAGGUGGAGGAGCUGCACCAGGAGCUGCAGGAGCUCAAUGCUCACAUCGUGGUCAAGGAUCCAGAAGAGCUCCUGUUAGAAUGCCCUCUGACACCGGACACGCCGAACAGUGAGAGCCGCCUGGCAGCACUGAAGAAACAGAUCCACAUCGAGCUCAAAGUGAAACAGGGAGCAGAGAACAUGAUCCAGAUGUACUCCAACGGCUCGUCCAAGGAUCGGAAGCUCCUGGCCGCCGCGCAGCAGAUGCUUCAGGACAGUAAGAUGAAGAUCGAGUUCAUCAGGAUGCAGAUUCUGAAAGCCAGCCAGAGUCACGAGCUCAGCUUCGAUACUCAGCACCUCAUCGAGAAGCCCAUUAUCAGCCCUCUGGACCUGCGGGUGGAGGAACUGUGUCAUCACGCUCGCAUCGAGCACGCUGUGGCCGAGGGAGCGAAGAACGUCAUGAAGCUACUCGGCUCAGGCAAACUGGCUGAAAAAAAGACUCACUCGGAGGCUCAGGCUCGCUUUAACGAGUCCAGUCAGAAGUUGGACCUGCUGAAGUUGUCGUUAGAGCAGCGUCUGAGUGAACUGCCCCCUCAGCAUCCCAAGAGCAGCGUGAUCAUGGAGGAGCUGGUGUUCAUGAGCUCGGCCGCUCUGAGCCCCAGACACAGCCUCGUCUCCACACACACACCGUCGCCGUACAGCACGCUGGCCAAACCCGCUGCUCUCACCGGAACAUUAGAUGUGCGGCUGAUGGGAUGUCAGGAUCUGCUGGAGAACGUUCCGGGUCGCUCGAAGGCUGUGACGGCGUCUCUGCCCAGCUGGAGCCCCAGCGACACGCGGUCGUCCUUCAUGAGCCGCCACAGUCGCAGCCGCAGCCUCUCCAAAACCGACGAGCUCUCCAAUGAGAUCAGCGCUGUGUUGAAGCUCGAUAACACCGUAGUGGGACAGACGAGCUGGAAACCCGUCAGUAAUCAGUCGUGGGAUCAGAAGUUUACGCUCGAGCUCGAUCGGUCUCGUGAGCUGGAGAUCUCGGUGUACUGGAGGGACUGGCGUUCUCUCUGCGCUGUGAAGUUCCUCAGGCUCGAGGACUUCCUGGAUAACCAGCGUCACGGGAUGUGUCUGUACCUGGAGCCGCAGGGGACGCUGUUCGCCGAGGUGACCUUCUUUAACCCCGUGAUCGAGAGGAGAACAAAACUGCGGAGGCAGAAGAAGAUUUUCUCGAAGCAGCAAGGGAAGACAUUCGUCAGGGCUCCGCAGAUGAACAUGAACAUGGCGACGUGGGGGCGACUGCGCAGAGCGAUUCCCUCCAUCAGCAACUCCUUCAGCCCACAGAGCGGCGCGGAGCAGGGGAUGGAACCGGGCCGUAGGGUUCAUCCACACACACACGCUCCGACCAGUGACUCGCCGGUGACUAAGCUGGACUUCGAUAAAGACGCCACGUCCGGCUCUAAGCGUUACUCGCUGGGCCGAAUCAGAGAAACGCUACAGGACGAGAAGAUCCACAAAGAAGAAGUGCAGGACGCACUGAGAUCAUUCGACUUCCUGAACAACAGGAACAGCGUAGUGGGAACAUCAGAACUCAAACACACCACGGAGGAUGAUCUACAGAUCGAAACGCCGCGGCUGGAGCUGAUCGCUGUACGGAAGCGCGGGGAGAUCAGGGACGAGGAAGAGGAUGAUGAGGAGGAGGAGCAGUUCCACUUCAGUCUCAGAAACUUUAAAUGUAUCGCAGUGUUAGGACGCGGCCAUUUUGGAAAGGUUUUAUUAGCCGAGUACAGCAUCACAGGAGAAAUGUUCGCCAUCAAGGCCCUAAAGAAAGGAGACAUCGUGGCUCGCGACGAGGUUGACAGCCUGAUGUGUGAGAAGAGGAUCUUCGAGACGGUGAACAGCGUUCGGCACCCGUUCCUCGUCAACCUGUUCGCCUGUUUCCAGACCAAAGAGCACGUGUGCUUCGUGAUGGAGUACGCCGCAGGAGGAGACCUCAUGAUGCACAUCCACGCCGAUGUCUUCUCAGAACCGCGUGCCAUGUUUUACGCAGCCUGCGUCGUCUUGGGGUUGCAGUUUUUACACGAGCACAGGAUUGUGUACAGAGAUCUGAAGCUGGAUAAUUUACUGCUGGACACGGAGGGUUACGUGAAAAUCGCAGACUUCGGCCUGUGUAAAGAAGGAAUGGGCUUCCAGGAUCGGACGAGUACGUUCUGUGGUACACCGGAGUUCCUGGCCCCCGAGGUGCUAACGGAGACGUCAUACACCCGCGCUGUGGACUGGUGGGGGCUCGGAGUGCUCAUCUUCGAGAUGCUGGUCGGCGAGUCUCCGUUUCCCGGCGAUGACGAAGAGGAGGUGUUUGACAGCAUCGUGAACGACGAGGUGCGCUACCCGAGGUUCCUCUCCACUGAGGCCAUCUCCAUCAUGAGGAGGCUGUUGAGGAGGAAUCCCGAGCGACGUCUGGGGGGAGGUGAGUGCGACGCCGAGGAAGUCAAGAAGCAUCUGUUCUUCCGAAACAUCGACUGGAAUGGACUCCUGGCGAAGAAAACGAAGCCGCCGUUCGUGCCGACGAUCCACGGCGCCAGCGACGUGAGCAACUUCGACGACGAGUUCACGUCGGAGGCACCGGUGCUCACGCCUCCCCGAGAGCCACGCCCACUGAGCCGGGACGAGCAGGAGAUGUUCGCUGACUUCGACUACAUCGCUGAUUGGUGUUAGCAACCGCGCAAACACACACACACACACACACACGCACACACACACACACACACACACACUAGCACACACACACCUGGUCCUCAUUAACCACUGUGAACACGGCUCUGCUUCCACUUCCUGUUCCACAUUUGCACCCAGGACGCUUUUACUCAAACUAGAACCUUCUAACCGAGGAGCAGCGUGGAGCAGGCUUUCAAGAAACUCACUCUCUUUAAGAAGAAGGACAAGUGCGAUCGAUCCUCCAGGGCACAAGUCCCGCCUACCUACACAGCCUCUUCCUGAAGGGAAGGAAACACUGAGAUUUUAAUGUUUCCAUGUUAACAAUAAUGAAUAUUGUGAUAAAUGUGCAACUGCUUUACAGGAGUGUAUUUACCACUACAGGCUCCGCCACCUCGUCCUUAACGGACACAACCGUCUUGCUACACGCGUCCUGAUUUCGCUAAAAGACGCGACGGGUCAACUAGGUGCCUUCGUGUUAAAUUUCAUCGACACUCUCAAAGUUGAUUUAUACAACAUAAUCACAGUAGUUUACGUCACGUUCACAAAUCCAGCUUGUGUUUAUAAUAACACAAAAUAAAUUCAAAGCUUAGGUUACCCAGCUACAUGUCACGUUAUCUUAGUUAUGCUAGCGUACUAGUGAAUUCAGUUAUAAAUCAAUUCUAUAAAAAUUUCGCCAAACGUUGACUACCUUCAUAGUGAAUUUCUCAUAUAACAGUAAUGUUAACGUUAGCUACCUUGCAUUAGAGCUUUUGACUUGUGGUCAAAAUAAUUUACGCAACAUUACUUCAGUAGGUCACUAAGUUAGCUAGCUUGCUAACACAUUGCUAAUAGAUGUAAUAAAAAAUUAUGUACCUGUUUUAAGAGUUAGCCCAAUGUUAGUUCGCUUGCUUGCAAGUUUAGUUUUAAUUCCAUGAUCAAUUUUGUUUAAAUUACAUACAAAAUCGUUGUAUGACCAUAGUGUAUACAAGUUAUUUCCUAGUGCACUAAAUAAGAAUAAUUUCAUCAAUUUCUGAUUGAUGUAACCAGGCAAACUUGGAGAAUCUAUAAUGCACCCAAGCCAAUACAGCAGUAUGCUAGCUAGUAAAUUUAGCUAGCUACUGCUGAAACAUUAAAGUUGCACAUGAGCUAGCUUAGCUAAAUGUUGUGUAGUUAAGACAGUAUUUUAUGCUAGCAGACCGAAAUUAGGGCACCCUCGCUUCUUGUUGACGCAGAAACGCCAGUCGCUUAGCGAAA